AUGGCUUCUAUAAAGCUCUUCUUCUUCUCUUUGUUCCUCUUGUUCUUUCUUGGACUAUUGACAAACGGUGAAAUCUGCCGGGACGUUACAUGCGGUGAUGUACUAGUGGACUUCCCUUUCCGGCUCACAGACCAACCUGACUGCUGCGGCAAUCCCAACUUCAAUCUCUCAUGCAGAAGCAGAAACCAACUGCAAGACCAAACUAUCAUCACUUUUCCUUUUUCCGGUGAAUUUAUUGUUCGCAUCAUUAGUUAUACCCCGCCAAAUUUACUGAUCAGCGACCCUUGCAUCCCGAAACGUCUUCUUCAGGGACUCGAUCUCUCUGGCACUCCUUAUGAGCCACGAUACCCUGAAAGCUACCUCUUUUUCAACUGUUCCUCCAAUGUAACAAUGGGUUAUCCUGCAAUACGUUUUUCUUGCCUUAGUAAUACAAACGUUUCGGUUUGGGCUAUACCCACAAUCAUUUACAUACAGUCUUCCUCGUUGGGUUCAUGUCUAGAGAUAUCAAAGAUUUUGGUCCCUCUUUCGACUCCAGAUUGGCCGAGGCACCAUAUGGAUGAUAUUCUGUUAACAUGGGGAGAACCCGAUUGCCAGUCAUCAUGUAAUUACUGUGAAAGCCAUGGAAGUAAUUGCCAGCUUGAAAAUAGUGACGGUGUGGAUGAUGGAUGCUCCUAUCAUUUCAAAAAGAAAAGUCGUAUGUUUCAAAUAAAACCUUGUUAUUUAGAUGAUAUGCCUUUUUUUUUUCUCAAAGCAAGAAUUUGUUAUGAUCGACGCCACCAAUCCAAUGUCGAAAUCUCCAGCUUGGCUGCAGAGCAUCAAUUAGCUGAUAGAACUGUAAAUGGACUCGAUGGACCAAGGAUUGAAGCCUAUCCAAUUACUUUGUUUGGUGAAAGCUGCCGGCUUCCGAGGCCUAAUGAUAAUAUUUGUUCAAUAUGUCUAUCAGAAUACCAAGCCAAAGAGACAAUAAAGACCAUACCUGAUUGCAAUCACUACUUUCAUGCUAAUUGCAUAGAUGAGUGGCUUAAGUUAAAUGCAGCAUGCCCGGUCUGUCGAAAUACGCCAGAUCAAGAGUCUGCUUUGAUCACCCAUUCUACAUUUUCCACUUCAUUGCCAACACCACCAUAG